CUGAGCUGUCUGCCAGCCACAACUGAAAGGAUUAUAACCACUGUCUUUUUGUGAACUCACAAUGUGCAAAGGACUAGCUGCGCUGCCUGCCUCAUACCUUGAAAGAGUGAAGGAAUUUAAGGCUCGCUUUGGAAGCUUCCUCCAAAGACAAGACUGGAGUCUGCCCUUCCUGCCCUACAAAGAAGGAAAACCCAGACCUACCUUGGAGGAAUGUUUGCAGUGGAAAGAAUCAUUUGAAAAGCUUCUGUCAAGUAAACAUGGAUUGUACGCCUUCAGGGCCUUCUUGAUUUCGGAGUUCAGUGAGGAGAACAUUGCCUUCUACUUGGCAUGUGAAGACUUCAAAAAGACCAGAUCAGCAGCCAAGCUACCAUCCAAGGCAGAGAGAAUAUUCAAUGAGUUCAUCGGGACUGAAGCACCCAGAGAGGUUAAUAUUGACCAUGAGACCCAGGAUAUCACCAAAGCCAACUUGCUUCAUCCGACAACAUCCUGCUUUGAAAAGGCACAGCACCUGAUCUACAUCCUGAUGGAGAAAGACUGCUAUCCACGGUAUCUGCGCUCCGCCGGAUACAGAGACCUCAUCAGUCAGCUCACGUUCGGCAAACAGCAUCCAAUGUGCCAGAAGAAGGCGUGAACAAAUGGGAGAUGACCACAACCACCAUAUGAAAUCACAAGAAAGGUCUAUAAAGUCCAGCAGAGAAAAGAAGUGAGGACCACAAGGACGGUAGAGGGUCACCAGUGGAUGUGAAGA